AUGCCCAAGAGAAAGGCUGAAGGGGAUGCUAAACGAGAUAAAACCAAGGUGAAGGAUGAACCACAGAGAAGACCUGCAAGGUUAUCUGCUAAACCUGCUCCUCCAAAGCCAGAGCCCAAGCCUAAAAAGACCCCUGCAAAGAAGGGAGAGAAAGUACCCAAAAGGAAAAGGGGGAAAGCUGAUGCUGGCAAGGAUGGGAAUAACCCUGCAGAAAACGGAGAUGCCGAAACAGACCAGGCACAGAAAGCUGAGGGUGCUGGAGAGGCCAAGUGAAGUGUGCAUUUUUGACAACUGUGUACUUCUGGUGACUGUACAGUUUGAAAUACUAUUUUUUAAUCAAGUUUUAUAAAAAUGCAGAAUUUUGUUUUA